AUGCAUCCUAAACCCAGGCAGUACAAGCUGUUGAUGCAUCCUAAACCCAGGCAGUACAAGCUGUUGAUGCAUCCUAAACCCAGGCAGUACAAGCUGUUGACGCAUCCUAAACCCAGGCAGUACAAGCUGCUGAUGCAUCCUAAACCCAGGCAGCAGUACAAGCUGUUGAUGCAUCCUACAUCUAAACCCAGGCAGUACAAGCUGUUGAUGCAUCCUAAACCCAGGCAGUACAAGCUGUUGAUGCAUCCUAAACCCAGGCAGUACAAGCUGUUGAUGCAUCCUAAACCCAGGCAUCCUGUUGAAAAACCCAGGCAGUACAAGCUGUUGACGCAUCCUAAACCUAGGCAGCAGUACAAGCUGUUGAUGCAUCCUAAACCCAGGCAGUACAAGCUGUUGACGCAUCCUAAACCCAGGCAGUACAAGCUGCUGAUGCAUCCUAAACCCAGGCAGUACAAGCUGUUGAUGCAUCCUAAACCCAGGCAGUACAAGCUGUUGAUGCAUCCUAAACCCAGGCAGUACAAGCUGUUGACGCAUCCUAAACCCAGGCAGCAGUACAAGCUGUUGAUGCAUCCUAAACCCAGGCAGUACAAGCUGUUGAUGCAUCCUAAACCCAGGCAGUACAAGCUGUUGAUGCAUCCUAAACCCAGGCAGUACAAGCUGUUGAUGCAUCCUAAACCCAGGCAGUACAAGCUGUUGAUGCAUCCUAAACCCAGGCAGUACAAGCUGUUGAUGCAUCCUAAACCCAGGCAGUACAAGCUGUUGAUGCAUCCUAAACCCAGGCAGUACAAGCUGUGA